AGUGAACGUCACUUACGCGCCAACGUGCGUGCAGCUCCAAACAUGGAGUGUUUUUAUGGGGCUGAGCUUCUGCUCGGAUAUUAAACCGGUUUCUGCAGCCUGGAGUUGAAGCUCAGCUCGAGCUAUGUGAUCUGAUUUAAGCUUAAGUCUUCGCUGCUGAACAUGCAUUCUAGCUUUAGGAGAACAGCAGGAGGAGGAGCUGCAGGAGGGAGGAUUUCACAGAAGAAGUCCAGAACUCAGACCACCAUCAGCCGGUUCUUCUGCGGGGGAACAGCGGGGAACGGGGCUCAGUCUGCCAGUGUCUUGCGGGACGAUCAGCAGGGCAGAGGGAAGAAGAGGCAGAAAGAGGCUGAUAGAAGAGAGUCUUUGGAGAAGCGAGCCAAACUCUCUCAUGAUGUGGAAGAGUCUCAUGAGGACCCGAAUGAAGUGGGCUUCAGCAGCAGCAGCAUUAUCAAAUGUAAGAACAGAGAUGAGAGAGCAUCCACCUCUAAAGGCAGCCUAUCCUCCUCUACUCUGGAGAGGCUGCGAGAAUUCAGCUGCCAAGCAGAUACUGAGAGCAGAGCUCCAGAUCAGAGUGUGAAGAUGGAGAUGGAAGCACCAGACAUGGGAUACAAACAAUUGAAGAUGGAGGAGGAUACAGAAGAAGAGUCAAACCAGAACAAACAGGGGUUUAACUUCAGCAAGUUUGCUAAGGCUGGCCAUAGUUCUGCUGCUACUGCUACUGCUGCUGCUGGUGGUGGGGUUACAAAGAAAAGUCCCCCAGAACCUGCAGGUCCCAACAGAAGAACAAAAAGCAUCUACACUCCCCUAGAACAACAGUAUAUGGAGAUUAAGGAGCAAUACAAAGACACUCUUCUCUGUGUGGAGUGUGGCUACAAGUACAGAUUCUUUGGAGAGGAUGCAGAGAUCGCAGCAAAGGAGCUGAACAUCUUUUGUCACCUCGAUCACAACUUCAUGACAGCCAGCAUCCCCACUCACCGCCUCUUUGUCCACGUCCGCCGCCUCGUCUCUCAGGGCUAUAAAGUUGGAGUUGUGAAGCAGACAGAAACCACAGCAAUCAAAGCCUCCAGUGCCAACAAGAGCUCUCUUUUUACCCGGCAACUGAGUGCACUUUACACCAAGUCUACACUGGUUGGGGAAGAUGUAAACCCCUUGUUGAAGCUAGGGGAUUUGGAGCAGGCUGAAGACGUGGUGCAGGACCCUCCCACCAGCUAUCUGAUGUGUGUGAGCGAGAACUGGGACAAGCUGAGCAAGGAGCUGACUGUAGGCCUGGUGGUGGUGCAGCCCAGCACAGGAGAUGUGAUGCUGGACUGUUUUAAGGACAACACUUCUCGCUCAGAGCUGGAGGCCAGAGUUCUGAAGAUCCAGCCUGUAGAGAUCCUGGUGCCUUCCGACCUGUCUGAGCCUACAGAGCGCCUGCUGCGCACCAUUGCUCUGUCCAGUGUCCAGGCAGAUGAUCGCAUUCGGAUUGAGAAGCAGGAAAGCACCCAGUUUGAGUAUCCCACUGCCAUGAUGACCGUCAGAGAGUUUUACACCAGCAGGUCUACUCGGACUGUGAAAAAUUGUGAAGAAGGUUCUGCCUCUUUCUACCUGAGUUUAGAAAGUCCGGUGAUUUGCUGUCUGGGUCCAGUGAUCCAGUAUCUGACUGAGUUUAAGCUGGAAAGAGUUCUGCUCUGUCCCAGUUCAUUUAGAAGACUGUUGAGUGAUUCAGACCACAUGGUAUUAAGUGCCACCACCAUGAAGAACCUGGAGAUCUUUUGUAACCAGACCACAGGCUCAGUGAAGGGCAGCCUGCUCUGGGUUCUGGACCAUACUCACACUCCGUUCGGCAAAAGGCUGCUGAAGAAAUGGGUCAGCCAGCCCCUGAAGUCUGCAUCGGAGAUCCUGUCUCGUCAGGAGGCGGUGGCAGAAAUCCUGUCCUCAGAAUCCAGUGUGUUACCCUCCAUCCAGGCCCUGCUCAAUCGCCUGCCGGACCUGGAGAGGGGUCUCUGCAGCAUCUAUCAUAAGAAGUGUUCCACUCAGGAGUUCUACCUCCUCAGCAGCACGCUGUCCCGUUUGGGUAUAGAGUUUCAAGCCCUCAUCCCUGCCGUCCAAUCACAGAUUAGCUCUGCCCUCUUAAAAAGCCUACUUCUGGACACUCCCCAGCUGCUCAGCCCCGCCCACAACUUCCUCAAAGUACUUAAUGAAAAUGCUGCCAAGACAGGAAAUAAGACUGAGCUGUUUGCGGAUCUCACAGAUUUCCCUGUGAUCGAGCAGAGGAAAGACCAGAUACAAAACAUUCUCUCCGACAUCAUGGAGCAUAGACGAGAGCUUCGCCUCAUCCUUCGAAACCCGUCACUGAACUAUGCCACCGUGUCUGGACAAGAGUUCCUCAUUGAGGUAAAGAACAGCAUGUCCUCAGUUGUCCCCCCAGACUGGGUGAAAAUCAACAGCACUAAAGUGGUGGGCCGCUAUCACUCCCCUUUCAUUGUGGAGAAAUACCGGUGCCUACUUCAGCUGCGAGAACAACUUGUCAUCGACAGUGGCCAGGAGUGGAUCAACUUCCUCCAGCUAUUUGGGGAGCAUUACUACAUCUUGAAGAAAGCUGUGGGUCACCUAGCAACCAUGGACUGUUUCUUCUCAUUGGCACAGGUUGCUAAAGAAAACAAUUAUUGCAGGCCUGAGGUUCUGGAGCAGGAGCGCCACAUAGUGAUCAGGGAUGGUAGACACCCUGUUAUCGACAUGCUGAUGGGGGAACAGGACCAGUAUGUGCCCAAUGACACUGAGCUUCAGGGUGAUGGGAAGCGUGCCAUGAUUGUUACUGGGCCCAACAUGGGGGGAAAAAGCUCAUAUAUUCGUCAGGUAGCACUGGUUACCAUUAUGGCCCAGCUGGGAUCCUUUGUACCAGCCAGAGAGGCAUCUAUUGGCAUUGUUGACGGCAUAUUUACCAGGAUGGGAGCCUCUGACAACAUCUCAAGGGGUAGGAGCACUUUCAUGGAGGAGCUGCUGGAGGCCUCAGAGAUCCUGUCCCAUGCAACAUCUCGCUCUCUGGUAAUACUGGACGAGCUGGGCAGGGGUACCAGCACACAUGAUGGGAUCGCCAUUGCCUACGCCACGCUGGAGUUCUUCAUACGAGACGUGAAGUGUCUGACCCUGUUUGUGACCCACUACCCUCCUCUGUGUGAGCUGGAGAAGCUCUAUCCACUGCAUGUUGGAAACUACCACAUGGCCUUUCUGCUUAAUGAGCCAGAGAUUGUGGGUGACGAGGAGGAGGUGCAGCCAGAGUUCAUCACUUUCCUCUAUCAGCUGACGGAGGGAGCAGCGGGCCGGAGCUACGGGCUGAACGUGGCCCGGCUGGCCAACAUCCCCGAGAGCAUCCUCAGGACUGCUGCGCUCAAAUCCAAAGAGCUGGAGGCCAUUAUCAAUAGCCGCAGGAGAGCUGUGAAAGGACUGUCUGAAGCUUGGAAAAUCACUAACAGGGAAGCCCUGCUCGAGUGGAAAAAGUGAAACCUUUAAUGAGAGGAGUGCUAAGCUAGUGAAAAAAAACCUGCAAUUUGUGCUAAUCUCCACUCUCCUCACACUUAUGAUCUGCUGCUAGGAAUCCCAUUAACAUCUCCACCUUUUUUUAGUCAUUAGACCUUUACCAGGAGCUUUCAUAAAGCCACGUGUUUUCUAAUUCCAAGGUGCUAUAAAUGUAGAACCAGUGCAUUCAGUCAGGAUAAGCUGGACAGGAAAAUAGUGUGUACACAAUAUAAAAUAAUGUGUGUAAAUGAUGAUUAAAUCAUUAAAUCAGAAAUGGUCCUUUGUACAA